CCAAAUAAUGUAACAAACAAAUCAAUUAAGUAAUAUUUUUAUAUUUCCCGUAUUAUUUCAAUGUUUAUACCUACCGCGUCAAUUGCGUCUGUUACCAUGGUUUACGUUUCGUAAACUCGACUGUUUCAUUGAUAUAAUAUUUAAUAGAUAUAAGUAUAAUUUUCAGUGUUAUAUACGCAUUUUACAUCUUACAGUAGUUGCUGUUUAAGAGUUAGUUGUUGCUACACAAUCAUUGUUGUUGUAGAAAAAAAAUCAAAAUGGCGUAUCGGACAAAAAUUUGUAAUGAAGGUGGAAUCUUCAAUGCAUCCAGACCAUCCGAAUACAGUCCAGAAACUCGGAAAUUUUUGAAUGAGUUGAUCAAGGAGAGUCGCUUAACGACGUUACAGCGGAAAUCUCUGCAGGGUUGGCUAAGAUCCCAUGGCGAUUCGCCGUCAACAACAUCGCAUCGUCUCGUGUCCGGACCGUCUGAAGCCCCCAUGAAACGUUUCCGAUCGACCAGACCUCGGAUGCUCAAAGAUAUCGUAGAGUCUGGAGCGUACGAACCGGAAGCCUACAAACCUAGCGCUAGACAAAAAAAUUACACGGAGGAAAAAGAAAAACUGCAGAGUAUUAUGGCUUACGGAAGAGUGACUAAAUUGGAUCCUGUGGCUGUAGUUAAAGUUCCCAAUAUCAAAAAAACCUCCAAUGAAUGUACCGAUGAAGAACUCAUUAACUCAGUGAUAUUGGAAAUUGAAGACCGUGAAAAAUUUCUAGCAGACAUGGAGGGUUUGGGCCAAGGGUCCAAAUACAGUGCCUCCAUAAUCCACGAGAUUCGCGACCGAAUAAAAAAAUUGAAAGUGUUUGUAAGUAAAACUGGAUGUAGUCACAGGCUGGCAGAUGUGAAUGACAUGGCUAAUAAAUAUAGGUUAUGUUAGGUAACCUUAUCCUAGUAGGUACAAAGAAAAAAAUUAUCUAAUUAAUCCACGAUGGAUAAAAUAAAAUUGGCGAGUCUUUUAAAAAUCUAAUUAAUUCGGGUCUAAUAAAUAAAAUAAAAUAGCGUCUUGCAAUUCCUGAUUUCGUUCGAAUAUUUCCAUUGUUGCCAUAUACAUUUCGUACUCGGGUAUCAUUUUCGAACCGCCCGCCGGGACACCGGGAACAAAUAUUUGCGUUACGAACUGGAUAACACUCUGUCGAACGAGUUGAUCGAGUUGAACAAUUGGUGCAACAGACCGACGGUGUGCGGGUACGUUAGAUAACGACACAUUGGAAAAAAUAUUUUAUAUAAAUGAAUAUUGAAAACAAAUAAAUAAGAUUGUAAAAACAAAUAUACAUGUACCAUGUGCAUUUUUCAUGUGCCUAUUAAGAUGCGACUUGUCCAGUUGUCCUUGAAUGUCAUCGAGCGCGGGAAACGUACGCCGUCGUGCAAUUUUCGGGGACGUAAGAACUAUAUAUAUAUAUUGCGUUUUCCUAUGAGCAGGCGCGAAAAAAUAUAUGUUCAUUAGGUAACUGAUAACUCGGCGUUGGGUGGUUAGGUUUGUAGGGGUGGGUGAGGUGAGGGAGUAAAUAUACGUCACUCACUCAUUGGAUCGGGCAACGGGCUAGUGACCAGGGCCAAAAAAGGCCUUGAUUCAGAACCCCCCUUUUCAUACUACUAAUGUAUUUUUAACUACCACUUUGACUUCAAUUUAUUCGUAAAUUGUUAUACUUAUUUUAUUUCAUUUUAAUUUUUUUGUCAUUUUCCCAGGGGUUUAACUUCAAAAUCUAAAUAAAUACAAAAUAGAAAAACUAUUUUCUUACUGAACCCCUACCUAAGACACUGAGUAAGUAGUAUAAUUAUUGAUUUAGUAGCAAUUAAUAUUAUAAUAAAGGUCUAAUAAAUACAUCUUCACAACGAUUUGAAUAAUGUUUAAUAUUUUAAAAGUAUGACAUUAAGUAAGGUAUUUCCAACCCCCUACGAUACCGUUAAAAAAAGGUUCAAGGGUCAAAGCACAACGCCUCCAUAAUCCACGAGAUUUUCGACCUAAUAAAAAAAUUAGAAGAGUUAGUUAGUUAAAAUGUCUGUAGUCGCAGGCUCUGGCAUAUGUGAAGGAUAUUGCCAAUAAAUGUAGAAUACCGUUGGAAUUACCAAAAACAUAACUUUGAUCGUUACCGAUCGUUUGAAUGAUGUAUUUAGUUAGAGAAAUUCUCUGAGCGUACGUACCGGCCGUCGUUGCUAGCUCCCGGAUGGGUGACCACCCUGGAUUUUUAGCAACAAAAUCCUUGCUCACAUACAUACGUGUUUCAACUAACCGUUCCCUCCAACAAAUAGCUAAUGACCAUAGUUUCCGGGCUUUAAAUCAAUAAUAAAAAAACAAAAACAAAAUAAAAUAAAAAUAUUUUAUUCGAAUUGCAUCGUAUAAUUCAAUCGAUUUUCCCGCAUCAUGUAAAAUAAUAUGGAAACAUACUGUGUGACGUGGUCCAACCUAUCAUACGUCUGUAGAAAUUUAAAAUUUAAAUAUAAAUUGAAAAAGCACACAAAAAUGUAAAUCUGUUUCGUUGCGUUCAUUUUAAUACAUGUAUGUAAAUUUUGACCUAAAGUAAACAUAUACAUGUAUAUUUACGUAAGUCCUAAACAGUAUAUCUCAUAUAUAACUAUGUAUCCACAGCAAAUUGAUAAUUUUCAAUACGGUUUUGCCUAUAACUAAUCGUGAAUAAUAUUGUAUUUUUAACUACCACUUUGACUUCAAUUUAUUCGUAAAUUAUUAUGCUUAUUUUAUUUCAUUAAAAUUUUUUUGUCAUUUUCCCGGGGGUUUAAUUUCAGAAGCUAAAUAAAUACAAAAUAGAAAAACUAUUUUCUUACUGAACUCCGCUCUUACCUAAGACACCGAGUAAGUAGUAAAAUUAUUGAUUUAGUUGCAAUUAAUAUUAUAAUAAAGGCCUAAUAAAUACAUGUUUACAACGAUUUGAAUAAUGUUUUAUAUUCUCAAAGUAUGCUUUUUAUGUGAAAUAUUUUAUUUCCUAUCAAUUGUGUAGAUUACCUCUGUUCAACUAAUACCAAAUAAAAUAUAGAUAAGACCUACGAUUUACCAUCAAAUAAAAUAUCCAAAUACUGCAAAUUAUAUUUUAUUACUAUGUACUUCAAAAGUUUCACAGCGGGUACCUUCAAAGCAAACAGCUAUGUUCAAUAUUAAGUUUUUUGAAGAAAGUUAUUAAGAGCAAUAUAGCUUUGAUUUUCGAUUUGUGUUACAGCAAUAACAUUUUAUUUGCGAAAUAUGCUAAUCUACCGAAACAAAAUUAUUUUUUACUUUGUACCUACUAAAAAGUUGUAGAAUAAGAAUAUAUUGUAACGCUGU